UUUCUUCUUCCUCCUCACUCUCAGCUCACAGAGAAGAAACAAAGCGUGCUUCUUCUCUCAUCUCUCUCUCUCUCUCUCUCUCUCUCUCCUCACCAGUAUUUCCAACACUAUCAUUACCUUCUUCCUCUAUAAAAUCUCAUGGAUCCUUGGGAUAACCAGUACCGUCGCCGAGAUCACCGUCACCCUUCCUUCUCCUCCACUCUCCUCGACCAAAUCUACCGCUCCACCGACUCCUCCUCCUCCGACGUCGUCUCCAUGAGGAAGAAACAGAACCGCUCCGACGAGAAUCGCGUCUGCCUCGAGAAAAUCCUCGCUAACCGCCGCAAAACCGCCGACGAGAAUCGCGUUUGCCUCGAGAAAAUCCUCCUUAACCGCCGCAAAACCGCCGACGAUCUCCUUAGAUCCAAGCACUCGAGCUCCAGCUCCUCCGACUCGAGCGGAUUCUCCUCCUCCGAGUCGGACUCCUUCUACCGGCGAACUCGCUCCUCGCGCUCCUCCCCGCCGGAGAUUCACCAUAUUCCUCCUAAGCCGAUUCGAACCACCGUGGAGAGACUCGAACGGCCUAAUAAUUAUAAUAACAAUAAUAAUAAUAAUAAUAAUAAUAAUAAUAAUAAUAAUAAUAAUAAUAAAGUGAAAUUGAAGGCGUUGAAAAUGUAUAGCGAUUUGAAGAAAGUGAAACAGCCAAUCUCUCCCGGCGGACGCCUCGCCACAUUCCUUAACUCUCUCUUCACCACGGGAAACAACACAAAGAAGAAAACCAACAAAACCGCCACGUCAUCAUCCACCACUUGCUCAUCAUCAUCAUCCUUCUCUAGAUCCUGCUUGACCAAAACGACGACCUCGUCUUGUGAAAAAUCGAAACGGUCUGUUCGAUUCUGUCCCGUCAACGACGUCGUCCUCGACGAAAAGUCAACUCGUGAGAGCCGAGUUAUGGAGGAGAAUCGUCGCGUGAUCGAAGCAGCCAAGGAGCUUAUCAGAACUUACCAGAAGAGUAAAGACGUCGUCGUCAACAUUGAAGAAGACGACGAUGAUGAUGCUGCGAGUUGCGCGAGCUCCGACCUGUUCGAGUUGGAUAAUAUAUGGGCGAUAGGCAUCGAGAGGUAUCGAGAAGAGCUUCCCGUCUACGAAACAACUCGUCCCAACACGAAUCAUCGUAUAAUCUCCAGAUGAAGCAUUAAUUAUUGUUAAAAUUAGUUUGCUUAAUUACUUACUGGUUUGGGGGUGGAUUAAUUAAAUUUGGGAUAAUACAGUUUUCUGAGUGAGAUUAAUUAUAAUUAUCUAGUGUUUUCAUAAAUUGAGUUUACUUGUGAGUUCUGUAUUAAUUAAUGACUAAUUAAACAGAAAUUCGAAA